AGUAGUUCCCACCUCUAUUGAUCCCUAUGGAGGGAGUUGCUUAGUCUUAAGAAUGGCCUCCCGUCAUCGUUGUUUUGCGUGUCUCCGUGCAGACCACUUCUUUAGGUCCGUCUUGCAGUACGCCAUCUGCACGAAUAAGUGGUAAUGCAACGUGAACAGCAAGAAGAGAUGUUUCAAACUUCGACGUAAAAAUGGCGAUAGUCGUCAUGAUAUAAUUAAGGGUUUCGACAUUGCGUUCUUCACUGCCAUCCUUGCCUCGUUUUCCAGUAGGAAAAGGGUCGAGGAUGGUCUGAAGAAUGUAAUUCCGUAACCUCUAAUGAGACUCCUCCUCAUCAGCUUCAUCAGCUUCUUCUGUGGAGGCAACCUGACUGAUGCAGCUGGUCUUUUGUCCCCACCCAGUCUACGUCAGUUGCUAUAAGAACACGGUACUUCUAUUUCUACUGUACUAGAUUCGCUUGGGCUUGCUGCUUUUCUUUAGGCCGCGGAUCAUUGAAGUUUUGUUCACUGGAUCAGCAUGUGGGCGCACGACUUCCUUGCCGCUGAGCCAGUGGCGAAGACAUACCUGACCCACAUCAAAAGCAACAACGUUGUCGGCCGUUGGUGGUAUUCGGAGUACUACCUUCCGCAGAAAAGUAGGCUCAGCAGUGCUCUCAGAUUCAUCCGCCUGUCUAUCAGUCUCUGCCUCUUCCUCAUCAUCGUCGCUCACAUAACCGAUGGAACAAAUUGGGAAUAUGUUAUGGAAGAAUAAGAAAUACGCCUAGAAGGCCUAAGCGAAUCAAUGGUGCUUGUAGUUCUUGUCAUCCCUAUUGCUGUAAGAAAGUGCAUCUGCUUCUCUGAGAGAGUUCUCGUUGUGACGGAGCGAUCAGCAUAGCAUAUCUCCCACAUUUAACUUUGACGAAUUCCUGAUAGCUUCCUCUUUUCCCGUUUCAUAUCUUGCGCCCAGUGCCUGCGGAGAUUGGAUUGCAAGAUCAAUUGCGUACACGACAACUUUCCAAACCUCAACUGCCACCGAAAAGCCUACAACUUGCUCGCAACGACGGCCGCAGAGGUUGAUGACCUCUCCCGCUCGUCCGCCAAUGCCAGAGCUUUUAUUAAGGCUAGUUUAUCACUAUCCCAUGUGAACUGUGCUGAGUGAAGUGAUUUAUAGGCCAAAUGAGCGCGAAAAUGAGCAACGCACUCAACCGCGGAUAGUGGAAGACUAGCGCUAAUUUUCCCAUCACAUAUGCGGGGAAUGUUUACUCGCGACUGUUCGACUACCGUCUUGCCUCAGACGAGAAGGCAAACGCGCAAGGGUUUAACGAUUGUCGCAAUUUAAGAGUCAGUGACAACUACAAAAGAAGAGGCUAAAUCAUUUUUACUUACUGUGGUAAUCAUCGAUUCUAGAAGAACUGCUACUGCUCGUGUCCUGCUUUGGAGAUCAUGGCAAAGAAUCUAGUAUCAAUGAUCUUCGAUCUACUAAACAAUGUGGCAGUGCCGAAAGAGACGAUGACAGCUACGCAGACAGUAGAGAGUCUGCUACACGAUUCGCGGCUCCCGCGCACUCAGAUAUGCUUUCCACCAUGUCGGGAUCUCGACCCAACGUACCCAGGACAAAGCUUGAUCGGAGCACAGUACAUGUUUUAUGCUGACGGAACUGGAUCAAGUACUAGAAAUAGAAGCAGUGAAGAUGCUGGCGCCACAAGUAGAGAUAUUCGGUACAAGAAAGACGGUAGAUGACGUACUAGAGGUCCAGGUUCUUGAGGUUGUAUCUUCUAGAUGAUGCUAAUACUUCUUAAAGAUCAUCACUAAUAUCUCGAAUAAGUCUCCCUUUCCUCCGUUUCAUACUUGCGGUGGUAGUACUGCGGGUUCGAGUGCGUGGUCGAGCGGACUCAAUACCAAUACAACGACCUUGCUGGGAGAUGACAGACCUUCGUGUAGCCAGCUGACCUCUGAUGACCAACAGAAGCGCCUCAUAUGCGUAGAUGAUAGCGACUCUUGCGAGAAGACCAUCUACAAGAGUGAGAUCUGCCUCAAUUGUGCUACGGGAGAGCCCGUUGCCAACGUGGUCGGCUCUGUGGAUGCUGCGUGUAUGGAAACAAAGGACUUCUAUUCUUGAGAUGUCGACUUCUAGUUUCAAUGUGAAGUCAUCUGCUCAAUUUGUUCUAACCAUGAUGACUUUAUUGAACAAAAUAGACAAGAAGGAUUUAGUUUUGUUGUGAUCGUCUCCAAUCCAGCCGCGGCAUCGUCAUCCAGUGCAGAAGCCCCUGCGAGCGAUCACGCGGGAUUGCGCGCACGGAGAGCCGGUUGUUGGUGCUUCACAAUCGAACACAUCAUCGUCUGCAUGUGCGUUGCCUUGCCUUUUCUGUUUCUCUACAACGUGCUCACCUACUUCACUUCCCAAGUCGACGUUGGCGUCGAGGAUGGGAGUGUUGCCAAUGGCUGUCUAAAGUGCGGGAUGCAGUGGGUUUGCAGCAUCGUCGCUGUGUCCGUACUCUUUCUCAAUGCUCACAGCUUUGUAUGUACUACAGCUUUUGUAUAUGGGGGAUGCCUUUGCUUGUCAGGCCAGCCGUCCGCUUCGUUUCAAAAAGUGGGUCGCGGUGCUAGCGAUUCAUUGCAGCACAAAGCGGCGGGCAUGGUUGCCGCGGCUCCGUUUUGUACUGGCCCGGCACAACUGACGGGCCCCCGUCAUAUGGCCCGGCGGGCGGUUCGGGGGCGCCUAUCAAAGACGGGCCGCGUCGCCGUUAACUUUUGGGGGGCUUUUGCCUUGGGAAUCCGGGCCACAUUCCUCCCGGCGGCCGGCUUCGGUGCGUGUUUGUACACCUGCCUGACGGCGUGGCCGCAAAUUGUAUAGCUUAGGAUGCGCCUGGUGUAGCUCUAGGGGUCUUAGGUUUUCUUGGGCGCCUGGCUGGGGAGUAAGUGAGAUUGAUGAACGAGGCACGCCGCUGGGAACGAAGUGCAGCAGAGGGGCGCAACCAGUUGCGAACGCUGACGCAUUUUGAUGCUGCGCGGCGCCUCGUCGGCUGGGUGUUACUGCGCAACACGCCAAGCCACCAGCAAGCGCCACGGCUUGGGGGGCGCCCGCCGUGGUGAGGGUGAUAGACGUGCCUGAGCUACCAAACCUGACGCACGACGCGGACGCGGCUGCGAUGCCAAAAGCUGCGAGCGCUUUGCAGCUGUUGCGCGAUGUUCUGGCACUUCGAUCGAAUCAGCGGGGAGAGACGUGAAGAAGGGGCACGGCGAGGCAGAGGGGUGCCGCAUAGUUUGGAGAAGAAGCGGAUAGCAGAAGAGCGGGGGCCCUCUACUGCUGCGGGCCUUGAAGGGCAAUCCAGCGGCUGCCUGGAAUAUUGCGGCCGCGCUGCGGCGUGGGGGUUCUCUCCGCUGACAGUUUUGGCGCUCUCUUGGUGCCAUGGGGUGGGCCGGUCUUCCAGCUUGGGGCUGGGCAGUCGUUUCAUCUCGGGCAGCUGGUGAAGGUCGCAGCGUGUCGCUUACGCGCCUGAUCAGAGCAGGCGCGACACCACAGAGGCCGAACGAAAUGGCGCAAGCAUCCGCAAAGCGUCACCGCAAAGCCAUAGAGGAAGAGGACAGCCGCAACGCUAGGACAAUGCGCAGCAGUGGCCUGCCUGAAAGCGCAGCCUAUCGAAAGAGGCGCGCCGCCCGAGGUUCGGCGGGCCAGUUGUAACGCCCUCGAAGUCGACUAUGAUACAGCGUAGAGGUGUGGGGCCUUUUGCAGGGUUAGGGUUGCGCGCGCGCGGUUUUCGUCGCUGGUGUUCUAUGUGUCUGCUAGCUUGGUGGGGAUGGUGACGAAGGAAGGAAGAGGAGACGCCGAGCCAGGUGCGGACUGUCAUGGCUGCACUGCUUGCAGGGGGGGCGCUGCGGUGGGCGCGUGUGUGUCAUGAGUGAGCUCCUGGACGGUAGUGCCCUACGAGAUUGGCGGGGAUGCUGGCGCCAUCGCCUCCCUUCCACGCGGCCCGGUCGCUCGGUGCUGAUUGUGUUACGGCUGCACUGAGGGCGAGGGGACUCACUCUGCCGCGUGGUAAAAACUCGAACGAAAGGAGCGCUCUGCAGGCGUGGGCCUUGCUUCUGCCAGUGCCAGCCUGGGACGCACACGCUGCGUGCCAGCUAAGAAAGAGGCAGGCAAGCCAAAGCGCAAGAGGGUGCAGACAGCAGGCGCUACGGAUGAGGAGGCCAGAAGUGGGCCGCGUGGGUUUCUUUGUUUGUCUCCUGCUCCUGCUAUUGUUCGCCUUCUUUGUUUGUUGGUGCUGCGUGGGGGGAUGCAGCUUGCUUGUUGGCGGCUGUGGUGCAAAGCAACGAACAGAGGAGAGUGAACGUGUGCACUUCUGUUCUGCGCGUGGGCUUUUCAUUUUUAUCGGCUUGUUGCUCUUUGUCAUUGUCUUCAAUGUCAUGUGGAGCACCACCACCAGAGCGCCGGCCUACUUCAGGCGCGUGUGGAUCGGCACGCGGUAACAAACUAGGUAGCAGGGGUUGUAAAUAAGUCGUGAGCAUUGCGGCUAGUAUUAUUUCCAUCGUGCCGACUCACUGGCAUUUUUUUGUUGCUUGCGCACACUUGCUUUCAGGACCAUCAUACGUCCUUUUUGCGAAACGAAUCAGAAUAGAAACAGAUCGCAUGCAUGGAGACGGAUAGCUUUAGCUCCUUGCGCUUACUCUUCCACCAGCGUGCUCCACCGUUCCGUUGGUUCAAGAAGAUAUAUUAUACGACGUUCGUGCUACUAACUACAAGCUACACUUGAUUAUACCCAUCUCCCUCGAACGACUGUCACGCAGACAAUUCUGUAUACCGCUUCCGUCUUGGUCCGCGUUGCUGCUUUCGGGCGAGCCGAGAUGGUUCUCACAACUUGGUUUCUUGUAGUGCUUGCGGAUCAAGUGCGAAACAUCAUAGUUCAAAGUCUGGUCUGGUAUUGCCUCAUUCGCCGGUUUGGACAGGUAUAAUAACUUGUUCCUUAUGGCGUAGCCGUAGGCAUUUCAUUCUCUGACUGCGUGCUUUGUGAGGAAAAGGAUUAGGUUGCUGCUUACAAUUUAUGUUGUCGGUCAUCAGACGCGGAGAAGACCAAUAGCUAACAAGCACCCUGCUGUUGAGCAUCUUCAACAUACUUACUUAGACACAAACUGACUGGGCUUCCCUCAACCUUGCACCUCCAACAGGUUCCCGUAAUGGAUGAAGAGGAGUACUUUGCUGAGCACUUUGCUGACGGUGAUGUAGAGGACACGAUUGGAGCCAUGCAAGUUAUCCAAGGGGUGGCAAAUUCCUGUCUGGAAUGGAGGCGCUUUGAUCUACUGAUUUACUCAAUCUUAUGACCAUGUCGAUUGCACGGCUGCGACUUAGUGAUAUCGCUUCUUAGCGGUGAGCAAGUACUAGUACUACUAAGUCGAGUUGCAUCAGGAUCUGCUCAUGACUUAGAUAGAGUUCUUCUUGGACUGGUCAAGACGCUGACUUCAUAAUCAUCAUUGGAUCAAGUAUGACACAUUAAUCUUCACCCUGCUCUCCCUCGUCACCAUCUACUUCUUCAUAUCGUCUUGGGCUCUACGCAAUUUUUUUGCUGACAUUGAUAGCAGUUCAGGACUACCUCACGGCGCAACAACAGGCCGUCUUCGAGGAUGUAGACACGGCGUUCUUGGCACUCUUCGCUUUGGAGAUCCUUAUCCGUGUAACAGCAACGGGCAUGAUCUUUAUGCUGAUAGAUACUAUAGAAGAGAUAUUUGUUUGAAUCCCUUGAAAAAGACUUGAGCUUAAACUCAAGAAGUGGAUUAAUGACUUACUAAUGAAAGCGGCUACAAUCUAAGCAAUUCAUCACUCUUCUUAUUUGAAUCCCUUAAAUCCGGCAGACUUCCUUAGAAGAAAUAAUUGGCCGUCUGCUAAAUCACCGUCAGCAAGAUGCUUAUAAUUUCAAUUUGAUUGUACAAGAAGGCUGAUACAGUAUAAAUAAAGUACUAGUCACUGUGGGAAAAUGCAGAUCACCGCUAACUGACUCUACACCCCAUUCUUCCCGAAGCUCUUCAUGCGCCACACCCCAUCCCGAAGAGCUUCAUCUCUAAAAUCAACUUUUACGACCUUUGGAACGUCUUCGAUUUCGCGAUUGUCCUGAUAAGUUGGGUGUUUGCGCUUCAGCGCUACGCGAAUCCCGAGGAAGCGACGUCGAGCACCACCUUGGCGCUACUGCGUCUACUGCGCUUGCUGCGACUCGUAAACGGUACUAAGUACUUCUUUCCUGUAGUCAUGAGUACUUACUUGUUUUCCGUGAAGAAGUAGAGAAAUCUACAUGUCGAAGUUUUAGUUUGUCUCUGUCUCCUUACUUUCCAUGAGCAUGUGUGACCAUCAUGCAUCAGCUUCAAGAAGAAGAUUUCCACCACGACAGGUUUACGGAAACUGACAUCAACUAAGCGGAGUCGCGUGUCUGGACAGAGUGGACUCAAUUUUUCUUCCCCGGUAGAACGGGUCCUCGAAAUUUUGAAGGAGGUGAAAACCCUCAAAAUUGUGACGAAGGGCCUACAAGAAGAAAUUACAUGGGCAAUGGACAUCGUAUCGAGUAAUAAUUAUGCAGAGAAGAUGUUGUAAACCAGCACAGUGUCCAGCAUAUUCUCAACUGCAUACUUCUCACACCACUAUGUAUGUAAUACCAUGUAACCGCCCUGGCACCAUGAAGAUGAUGCACCAUGUACGUCAAGAAUGUCUUAUCCUUGUUUCUAACUCGCAUUGUAUUCGAUUUCUGUGGAUACGAGUGACAAAUCCGGUGCAAAAGGGAGUGAAUCACUUUUAGAACAGGAGCUUUCAGACUGGGUCCGCCUCGUCUCCGACAACCAAGGAACGCAUUCAGGACCCAGCUGGCAGGAGAACGAAUUGGAACGUUUUCUGGUUUUAAGGCGAUGAUGAAGAUCGAUGCUUCAGCUUCUUAUUCUUUCAUUUCAGCAACAGCACCAGCAGCCUAUCUUCAAUUGUCUGAAAGAAUGUAUCUUGUUUGCACGAGAAGUUGAAUUCCCUUUGAUCAGUAGAAUCUUGUUUCGUCAAACUAUAUAUGUAGUAGUCUUCUCUACUACCCUUGGAGUGGGUACAUUCAACAUUCACUCACUCAUUCAUACAUACCGUAGGAAAAGUUGAAAUUCAUCAUUCCGACAGCUGCAUCAGCACCGGCUUUAAUGAAAGGGCAAACGAAGAAGCGCGAGCACCAAGAAAACUUGGAGCAAGCAAGACGUCGGUUGCUUUUGUUUAUUGAGCAAGAUGUGGUCAAGAGGAUGCCAUCAGACGGCUCGUUGCGAUGCGAAACACGAGAAGAACUAGCCAUGAACGAAAUGGACUACAGUGUCUAUCUCAGUGCACGGGUGCAGAGCCAUGUGCUGGCUAUGCUUGAGGAGGGACUACGUACUUCUCUUUUUCUUGAUUUCGCGCCAUUGCACUUUUUGAAAUCACGCUUACCGUAAUUGUAGUUUGCUCGUCGUCUUGCACAGCAGCUGUUCUAUCUCGUGCUGCCAAGGUUUUUUGGUCCAAUAAAUCCACUCUGAUUUAUUUUUGAGUUUGUGAAAAUAGAAUGUUGAAAAAACGCAUUCAUCAGAUAUCUGGGAUUUCAACAUUUACUCCUUCGCACUCGCUGUGGGACCUGAUGACGUGCUUCCCUUGAUUUUAAGGAUACUAGUAGUAGGCCGCUAAAGGUGUUUCUGAUGCGGUUUGUUCUGCCUCUCUCCUAAGGGACGAGAAAAGCAUGAAAUUAGAAACAGACGGGAAACAUGAACACCAAAACCCUGCCUCUAAUGAGCUUUGCGGAGACUUUUUUGUUCCAUGAGCUGACCGCGACCUUUGAAAUGACUCUGGAUCCGGUGAUCGAAUACGCGCGGGCCCUAACGAAAGGAUACGUCGAAUCGAAUCCAUACCACAACAGUCUCCAUGCCGCAGAUGUUCUCCAGGGCUUCCACGUGCUGCUUACCUGGUUUCUGAAGUCGAAGAACACGGGGGCUGUAUUUUGACUUGGAAAAUUGUCAAGAAACAUGUAAGCAAGCAUCUAGUAAAUUUAGUAAACCACGGUUGUAACUACGGUGUGGAUUAAUCUUCAUUCUUCUCUGUAUCUAGUAUGAUGGACCUGUUUACCUGUUCUUUAUCCUUUUCUUCUCUGCAUCCUCAUAACGGGCGUUGUACAGAAAUUCGUUUGAUCAUGCCUGUAGAAGUCUCAGUGUUGUGUUGUCCUCCUCGUUUUAAGAAAGUCGUAGCACCAGUACCACAGCAGAUUGCUGCUUCGUUCGUUAACUAGUUAACGGAUUAAUGAAUUGAUGGUCUAAAAAAGAAGCACUAGUACCACAUGGCAUUUCAUCUUCGUUCUACAACAGAUUGCUGCGCAUGACGUGCUGGCUGGGCUGCUCGCGGCGGCCAUUCACGACUACGAGCAUCCUGGUGUAUCGAAUGCGUUUUUGGUUAGAACGCGGCACCCGAUUGCUCUUCGGUAUAACGACUCUGCGGUACUGGAGAAUCAUCACGUAUCAGCUGCUUUCCAUCUCAUGCUAGAUCUAAGUACCAAGAUUAAGGGUUGGUUUCGAAUUAUAAUUAAUACAUUCCUUAGAAAGUCCUAGGUUCAUCUUAUUACUAAUACAUCCCUUUUUACUUCCAUCCUUGGGGGACCUUUUCCUAGUAGAAAAGAAGCCAGGUGGGAUCAUGUUCUGAGGAAUGUAAUCCCGUAGCCUCUAACAAGAACAACAAUUCGAACGUUGGUACUGGGGCAAGUGCAGCUUCAACUACAUUUGAAGGUGCUGCUGCAACUGGUGGGCCUACAACAACGGCAACACCCGAUAGAGGAACAGAGGGGCAGCUUGAAGGUGCCAGCACGGCUGCAAGUCAGCAGGGAGGCGAGGUGCGGGCACGGGCGUCAACAAACCAAGCUAGUAUUAAGGCAUGAUCCCCUUGCUCCUUUAUUAAUCGUAAUCCAUCUCCAGAAGCUAGCAUCUACUUAAGACUGUUCCAUAAGGGGAAAGGGGCUUCAUCAAGAUGAAUCUCAAGUAGAUCCCGGAUUAGGGUGAGCUCAAUUCAAGAGAUGGAUUGCUUUGCGGUGAGCUGAGCUCUAAUACGGCUGGAAACUCCGCGGGCACUGCAGAUCUGUUAGGCAGUCUGAGUGAAGGCCAAUACCAACAGGUGAGGCGGAUGUGUAUCGACAUGGUAUUGGCGACGGACAUUAAGGCCUCCCCCAAUCCAUCUGUACUAUAGCUAUCCCUCAGCCGUAUGUCUCCCAUCAUUAGCGUAGGGGAGAUUAUAUUGGCGCAUUAUAUUCUUGAGGGAUUUCAAUAGGGGUGAACUGUGGUGGAAAGGUCUAAGGAAAGCAGCAGUCAUUUUGCGGAACUGAGUCUCUUCAAAACGAAAAUCAAUACUAGCCGCAACGGCUCAUUCCCUGACAGCAAACAGUAUGAGGACAAGCAAAUCUUGAUGAACAUCUUGCUGCACUUAUGACAGGAAAGAGCGUACUUUUUAUAUAUACUCAAGAAAAAAGCAAGGCAGAAUAACUUAAGCACGUAUGUUGAAACAACUGCCUCACUUCUUAAGCAUCAGUACACUUUUUCCUUUCAUAGCACGCAGCAGACAUCUCGAAUGCGUGUCGACCAGGAGAAGUCUACGUCCGUCAUGUCCAACGCACCAUGGAAGAAUUUUUUCGGCAAGGUGAUAUCGAACGGGACAAGAACAUGCCAGUAUCCAUGUUUUUUGAUCGGGAGACGACCAGCACCCCAAAAUGUCAACAGGCCUUCAUCGAUGUCGUAGUGCUGCCGCUUUUCACGUUAUGAAAAUUUAGAGUAUCAGACUUCACCUGAACCUGUGCACACAACCAUAGAACUGAGCACUCACCGGAGGCGUUGCACAGGGCUCCGGCCUGCCUUCGAAGGUGAGACCUCUGGGGCUGACAGGACCAUGACAGCGCCGGCGCUUAAUUAGUAGUAGAUAAGUUCUUGCCUGACCUUUCUUUUUUCGGUUUUUGUUUUUUCUAGUUAGAUAUGCUCCACCAAGAGUAUCAGACUUCACCAUCUUGAAGUAGAAGCACUUUCUUCCAUCCUCCCUGCUGAUAAGUAGUCGAAGAUUGUCUUGGUGUCCAUGUAGUUCUUUGUCUUUAUUCAGGAGGUUCAGUUCGUUCUAUUUUGCAGUAUUUCUUCUACAGCUUUCAGCUAAUACACGUUCUCGGCAACUACUUGCCGGAGGUUAGCGGGCAUUGCUUGGAGAACCUGUGGGCGAAUCGAGCGCAUGUACAGAGUCAGGAUCCUGAAGAGGGCAGGAGCAGAAAGACCGAGAAUUAAGACUUCCGGAAAUCCAUCCAUCGUGGUCCAAGAUGAUUUUCCAGAUGGAUUCCCGGAAGGUCUAAGAAAAGUUUUUCCUCGCUAGCUCUGGUGGAAAAACAGGUCUACGCCAUAACCUCCUGAAUGCUCUACGGGUGCGAAUGAACGGCGUUAUGCCACCGCCUGUAGUCAGCGUAUUGAAAAGCUUAAGCCAUGGGAAAACGGGAACCCGCAUUGCCGGAUGCUAUCACAGUACGGGAAAGGUGACGCGUCGCUGGUUGGGAGUGCUGUCGGCAAGACUGAAAGCUUGCUUCGCACCCUUGUUACGGAAAGUGUUUGGUAACCGAAUGGCAUCACAAGACGCAGACGACGAAGCGGGAAUUCCACUAGGGGAUGCUCCGGUAGCACCGGCUGGCGUAACCUGAAGGCGUACUUAUAAAGACUCGAUAAUAUUUUCUCCAGUUUUUUCGGAUUCUUGAAUUGAAGAAGCGAAAGCAUAGCUUUUCUUGUUUUUGUUGAAUUAUGAUUCUCGGCGUCAGGGGGACAUCGACCUCAUCGUCUUUUUGAUGAUUUCUUUUUGUGACCAUUAUGCGGCUCAUCAUCGAUUUACUUGCAUAAUUUUCUUGAAGAACAAGUCCAAGUCAAUCAUUACAACAAUUUUUAUUUCUCAAGUGUAUUUUUUGAACAGUAACGCAGUAGUUAUAUACAGCUUACUUAUGGAAUUUUCUCAGCGUGUGAGGACAAAAUCCUAGUUAAUAGAAGCUAGUAGCUUUUGUUUUGCGAGAACGAACCUGCCAAAGCAAAGCCAAAAAACAAAAAAUCUAUAGAAUAUGCUGCAAUUUUUGCAAACCACAAAC